AUAAUAUCAGCGGAGCUGGGACGACCAAUGUUCACCUGUCUCAAGAAUUACGUGAAAGUAUUGAAACAGUGAUCAAGUCUUUUACAAAGCGACAGAAUACUAUUAAUGCGAUAUCUAGUAUUGUUAGUCAAGUAUCGGAUAAAAAAAAUUCAGAUUUCUCUUCGCCAAUUACUGGAGAUAGUGAAACCCGAAAUUCAGCAAAAUAUUAUAAACACGAUAGCAAACCCGAAUAUUUCUCAAAGAAAUCUGAUACUGCAUCUUCAUUCUCAUCCACAUCUGGGUCUGGGUCUGAAUCGUCUAAUGAUAAUGAAGAUUUUACUGUGGAUGUAGUAAAA